CCCCGUCCGCGCCGCUCCGCAAUGGCGGCCCCGGGCCCGUCGAAGGCCGAGUACCUGCGGCGCUACCUGGGCGGGGCUGCGGCCCAGCCGGAGGGCGGCCGGCGCAAGCGGAGGAGGAAAGCGCCGGGGAGCAGCGGCAGGGGGAUGCGAAUAGUGGAUGAUGAUGUGAGCUGGAAUAGCAUUUCUGCGGCACAAGAGAAAGAGGAGGAGGAAGAGGAUGAAGGGGACCUGCCUGUGGUGGCAGAGUUUAUUGAUGAGCGACCAGAAGAAGUGAAACGGAUGGAAGAAUUCCGGACAAAUAGUAAAUGGAAGCUUUUAGGAGAUCAGAAUGAAGAUUCACAAAGCUCAGACCUUUCUCUAGCUGCCAAGCGUACAGCAAGUUCAGAAACCACAAAACAAAAGAAAAUUAAACACUCAUCUGAACCAUCACCUCCCAGGAGAGGUCAUCAUGAUUCGCCUGAGAUUUCUCCACCCAGGAAGCAGCGUCAUGAUUCUUCAGAUGAGUCUCCAUCCAGGAAUCAGCGCCGCGACUCGCCGGACCUGUCGCCGCCCCGCCGGGGCCGCCGCGACUCGCCGGACCUGUCGCCGCCCCGCCGGGGCCGCCGCGACUCGCCGGACCUGUCGCCGCCCCGCCGGGGCCGCCGCGACUCGCCGGACCUGUCGCCGCCCCGCCGGGGCCGCCGCGACUCGCCGGACCUGUCGCCGCCCCGCCGGGGCCGCCGCGACUCGCCGGACCUGUCGCCCCCCCGCCGGGGCCGCCGCGACUCGCCGGACCUGUCGCCCCCCCGCCGGGGCCGCCGCGACUCGCCGGACCUGUCGCCCCCCCGCCGGGGCCGCCGCGACUCGCCGGACCUGUCGCCGCCCCGCCGGGGCCGCCGCGACUCGCCGGACCUGUCGCCCCCCCGCCGGGGCCGCCGCGACUCGCCGGACCUGUCGCCGCCCCGCCGGGGCCGCCGCGACUCGCCGGACCUGUCGCCGCCCCGCCGGGGCCGCCGCGACUCGCCGGACCUGUCGCCCCCCCGCCGGGGCCGCCGCGACUCGCCGGACCUGUCGCCCCCCCGCCGGGGCCGCCGCGACUCGCCGGACCUGUCGCCCCCCCGCCGGGGCCGCCGCGACUCGCCGGACCUGUCGCCCCCCCGCCGGGGCCGCCGCGACUCGCCGGACCUGUCGCCGCCCCGCCGGGGCCGCCGCGACUCAGUAUCAGGGAGAAAAAGCAACAAAACUAUGGACAAAUCGCUACUGGGAGGAAUCCAAGGAGAGCGAUCUAAUCUGAGAUCUGGCUUCCCACACAAGUCCUCAUCGCAUCAUAACCGGCAGAUAACUCCAAAUCUUUCACCCCUCAGGAAGAACAGAGACAGUUCUGACCUAGACACAUCACCAUCUCGGAGAAAGAGAACUGGAUCACCUAGUGGGCUGAAAAAACAGAGCAGCACAAGAGGCUUUUCUCCAGCCAAUAAAAAGCCUAAACAGGCUCCGUCGCCUGGAAGGCGCAAGAGGCAUGACUCUGAUUCUUCACUGCCACAGAAGUGUUCCCAGGACUCGUCUGAUUCUGACCUUUCCCCCCCACGGAACAGUCAUAGACCAGGCCUGCUACACCGUGACUCUCCCUCCAAACUCUCUCCUCCCAAGAGGAAUCAGAACACGUCUUCAGAUUCUGAUUUAUCUCCUCCUCGAAGGAGUCAGGCAGCUGGAAAGAAACUCCACGGUUCAAGGAGCUCUCCUGGCCUCUUGCCUCAUCGUCGAGGCCCAGAUUCUAAAAGAUCUUUCCAGGGGGAGAGAGGAGAGAACCAGAGGGCCAGCCAGAUGCUCUCUGGGGGUAAAGCUGGCUUGGUGUCAGCCGACCUGCUGCGGAGAGAACAGCAGGAGCUCAGGAGACUCGAUAGAAAUAAAUACUUGGAAGAUGAAUCCCAAAAUGCUGAAACAGUCUUUCGAGACAAGUCAGGUCGCAAGAGGGACCUUAUGCAGGAACGACUUGAGCAGCACAAGAAGGCGGAGGCGAAAUCUGAGAGAGAUGAGCUCUAUGCCAAGUGGGGCAAGGGCCUGGCCCAGAGUAGGCAGCAGCAGCAGAAUGUGGAGGAUGCAGUAAAGGAGAUGCAGAAGCCAUUGGCUCGUUACAUUGAUGACCAAGACUUGGAUCAGAUGCUUCGAGAGAAGGAAAGAGAAGGGGACCCCAUGGCUAACUUCAUCAGAAAGAAGAAAGCCAAAGAGAGCAAGGAUAAGAAAGAGAAGCCCAGGUACAAUGGACCAGCACCGCCCCUGAACAGGUUUAACUUAUGGCCUGGGUAUCGCUGGGAUGGAGUGGACAGGUCCAAUGGGUUUGAACAGAAGCGCUUUGCCAGGCUAGCCAGCAAGAAGGCAGUUCAGGAGCUUGCAUAUAAGUGGAGUGUUGAGGACAUGUAAACAAAAGAGAAAUCCAAAUGGAAGACUGCUCCUGGCUCCCCUUUGGGGAGGAAGUGAGACCUCAGUACAACCUAAUGCCAUUGCAAGAGCUAUAAGGAAUGGCUGGUUCUUCCCUGAACAGCUCUUCUCCCUAGCAUUCAGUGUUAAAAUGGACUACCUGGGGGUGACAAGGCUGCCUCUAAAGGAAAGUUCAGGAUGCUCCUGGAAGAGGAUGAAAACAGGUCGCUCUGUCCAGUCACGCAGAGAGGAGAAGGUGGGAAACUUUGGGUCCCUUGAGCCCAGCGAAGAACUUCUACAGCUUUACUGAGCGGAGCUGGAAGGUUGACUGCAGAGGGAAAGUGCAGUAUCCUGCUCCCUGCUGAAACAGUUCUGCUCUCUUGGACCUGCUGUGAGAUGCAGAAGAGACACCAGUUUCUGGCAUCAAUAUUUUUUUAACAAAUUAUAUAUAAAUACAUUUGUAAUCCUGUUUUCAGCCAAACUCUUGGUUCCCUGGAGGUGUUUUGGGGAUCUGCUGAUUUUCAUUUGUCUCUCAAAUCUCAGGUGCUUCUCUGGGGUGCAGAGAGGAUUAAAGAAAACUCAUUCAGAGAAUAAUUAUGCUGAAGUGGCUCUUCUGUCCUGCAAUGUGUGGAUUCCCCAACUGUCAGUGCAAGUUGUAAAGCAGAAGCCCCUCCCAUUCCUAGUGCUGCGCUAUGCUAAGUAGACGAAUAUUUCCUACAAUGCCUUGCUCCAUAUGGUGGAACAUCACUAUCUGGUCCCUUCCUAAAGGGGGUUUUUGGAGAGAGGGGCGUGGAAGAGAAACUCUUUUGUUGUAUUUGACAACAAACCCAUUCUGGCUAGAAGCUCUGGCCACUGGUCAGGGUUAACUGCUUAUGGAAAGAUGCAGUUAAUGGUGGGUUUAAAUGUACUACCCUGAAUGUGAUUUUAUUUUGAGCAUCUGAUGGCAAGGGGUUGGUCUCUACUGAGAGGUCUGACGGUGCCAAGCUAGCUUAGCAGUUGCAUAGUCACAGCAUUGCUGUCUGCAUGUUUGUUUAAACCUGAAAGCUAACUUUCAGAAAAGACGACCACUCUGCCAAGACUCUGAGCCACAGCUAAGGUAGAGACAAUGUGAACUGGUCCUUCAAUGUGUUGAGAAAGCACCUCUGAUCUCAAAGGCAGGUGGAGUUUUCUCGGUGUUGAAUGCCCCAGCUGUUUCUAUGGGAGGUCCUUGCCUUACUGGCAGUUUGGCUCUUGAGAUAGGAAUUAGGCUCCCAUGGUUCUUAUGCUGCCUGAGGGUGCUGGGUGGGAAGUAUAGUGUAAAGAUUCUCUUAGGAAAUGUGAUUCUUGGAGUGGUGCUUUCUCCCUGUCAAAAGGUGAUGCUCCUUUUUUACUUAAAAGGUUACAUUUCUAGCAGUCUUGUAAUGUGGAUGUACAAUUGUAAAUAAUAACUUUGUUUUCUAGUUGGCUCUAUGUGGGGGGUGUUUUUUUUAACCCCCUAGUGGGGGUUAAAGUGGCAUAGGUGUGUGUCUCAUCGGUGGGGAGUUUUCACAUCUGACAAGUAGCUCUGCUGCUUUAAGUUUCCAGUGAAAACCAGCUCCAAACGCAAAUACAUGCAUAGGAUAAACAUAUUCAUGAGGCAGACAUCAUAUUAUAUUCUUUCACUACGGUUACCAUUGUUUGAAUUGAUGAUUAAAAAAAGUUAACCCUUGGAUUUUUUAAGUCAAUUUAAGUUGUAAGCCUGUCCCUUCUUGAGAUAGAUGUAUGUAAAUAUACUUUUGUUUUUGUCA